AUGACAGUUCCAAUAAAAGAUGUGGUGUUUGUGGUCGAUGGUUCAGCAGCAAUGAAGAGAUAUUCUUCUAUAUUCACUACAUAUAUUGAGCCCAUUGUCAAGACUUUUACUGAAUGCACAGAAACAGCUGUUGGACAGACCGAAUGUGUUCGACUGGGUCUUGUUGUAUAUAGAAGCUAUCCUUCAUACUCGCCUUUUACUGUCCAGACUGUCGUCUUCACCAGCGACCCCGCAGUGUUCCUAUCAGCAUACAAAGCAAUCGACUAUCGUCAUGGUGGAAUCACUCAUAAUGCAGCUGCAGAAGGUCUUGCCGUAGCCAUGCAGUUAUUGUCUAGUUCACAACAAACCAAAGAGCAGCGUGUAUCUGACCAGCAUUGUGUCUUGGUCUCUGCAACCAUGAUUAAUCCAUCUCCAUGCAGAUUACCCUGCAAUAAUUUAUACAGAGGAAAAACAUUCACUGAUUUGGCUCAAAUGCUUUCAAUGAAUUCAAUCCAUUUUUCUGCCAUUCUGCCCUUUCGUGGAUUGACUCAAGUUGAAGAUUUGGUCGAAUCGAUCAAUGCUGUUCCUGCUGUGGAUUAUGCUGUCCAACCAAGCGAUUAUGUCAAAUUAUCAGGACUCUCGUCAUCCAACAAACGACCGACUUUAGUCAAGGAGAAUAUGGAUUCAACUGGCACAUCUGCAAUCGGCAAUCUUAUAUCCGAGUCUUCGUCACGACAAUCUAAAAAACCAAAACUCGAAAAUUCAUCAUCCACAGCUAGCACUCCCAUGGCAAUCCAAUCUACUGUUGUUGGUCCAUCUGUCACUGCAAAUAAUUCCAAUGUUGCUGCUGAUGCUACACAAAGCGAUGCCAAAACUUUAACCGAGACUAAUUUGGAUGCGGAAUUGAUUAAACAACAGCAGGCUCAACAACAGCUUCAACAACAGGCUCAACAGCAGGUUCAACAACAGGCUCAACAGCAGGUUCAACAACAGGCUCAACAACAGGCUCAAACAGCGUCAGAACCAUUGCAUACUCCAGUUGUCGCUGGAUCCAAGCCAACAUCUACUACUAAUUCUGGUAAACACAAUCAACUACAAACCAAUCUCUCAGACAAAGUGAAGCAAACACAGGCAGCAUUUCUUGCUCAACAGCUUCAAUUGCAGCAGUUGCAACAGGCUAAUCAACACAUGUUGAUGCAGGGAAAUGUGGGAAUGGUUGGGAAUACCACAAUUCAGCAAGGAAUUUCUCAGCCGCAACAGCAGCUUGCACAACAACAAAAUCUCGCUUUUUUACAAUCUCAGCAGCAACAGCAUCAAAAACAUAUUGCUCGUAAUCAAGCCAUGGUAUCUACUUCAAUAUCUCCUAAUCCACGACCAGCAAACACGGUGCUUCAACAGCAGAGUUUACAACAGAAACUUCAAGCUGAUUUGGAAAAUGCAAUAAAGCAGAAUACAGGGCAAGUGCUGAAUUCUAAGCUUGCAGAACAGUAUUUGAUGCAUCAUUCACAGUUCAUGCAAGAUCAGCAAACACAAUCACUACAGCAGCAACAACAGAAUCUUCAACAGCAGCAAACACUACAGUUUUCACAAAUGAAUCAAGCGCGACCCAACACAAGCCAAAAUAACAUGUUUAUGCAGCUUGUUGGAGCUAAACAGUCUCCACAUGUUUCUCAACCCCUUCAACAAUCACAAUCCACUGUUCUUGCAAAUGCGACUCCAAACAUCGUUCCAAAUGCUACCAAUGCGAUUUGGCGUGGUCAAUUUAUAUGGAAUGUUACAGAUCACCCAACAAUCUCUGCAAUACCUGGAGGAUCUUCUUUGUGUACUCUUUCUGCAAUUCCAUUACGAUCCACAAUCCCAAUGGAAGAAUUCAUGACACAUAUAUGGCCUGCUCGCUUAGUACUCCAAACAUGCGUUUCUCUAACUGAUCAAACCAUCCAGAAAAUUAUUUUGCACCAGCAACUUACAGUAGUGCAGUUUUCCGUUAUGGGUUUAGCUAGUGAGCAAAAAGGGUUUCAAAUUUUGAUUGGAUUGUUGAGUGCAGGACAAUUUGGUAUUUCAGCCAAUUUUCCCAAUCCCAACACUGCCGAUGGCGUGAACACCAGCGCAGCGAAUACACACGGAAUCGUUGUCGUACAUCAUAAAGGAAAUUUGUAUGGUUUGGUAUUUGUCAAGACUUCUAUUGAUAAUGCCAUCAAGAUCUUGGAAGGCUUUCAACGUCAGCAACCUUCACAACACGUACCACAAUCGGGUUUGCCUAUCCAGUUGCAGCAGCAACAACUGCAAAUGCAACAACAACAGCAGGCACAACAGCGUGUCAACAUUCAACAGUUUAUACAAAAUCCUGCCAUGUUUCAAGCUGCAAUGCAAUAUCAACAACAACAGCUCGGACAAGCUAGUCAACUCCAGCAGGCUCAACAGCAACUUGGACAAGCUAAUCAACUCCAGCAGGCUCAACAACAGCUCGGACAGGCUAAUCAACUCCAGCAGGCUCAACAGCAACUUGGACAGGCCAAUCAACUCCAACAAGCUAUGGGCCAGUCACCUCAGAUUCAAGCUAGUCAGCUCGGGAUGGGUGGACAGAUCAAUGCUGCUGGUGGAGGGAUCAAUCUACAAAAUCUGACACCACAACAAAUUGCUUUUUUACAGCAGCAACUACAGCAACAAAGACCAAAUGGAUCAGGCGGAUUUUAUUGA